GCGCCGAGUGAUGCGGCCCCAGGGAGGAGCCAGGGCGGCAGGCAGCAGUUCCGGGCUGGCCGGCCUCGCAGUCUCUGGGCGCCGAUCCUCAAGGAAGAGCCCCAAAAGAGGAGGAGGAGGAGGAGAGGAAAAGGAGGAGGAUGCAGCCGCCCCCGCGCCAAGUUAAGUUGACCCAGGAGGUGAAGGUACAUUUAGCAGAACAAUUCUCCAGUCUCCAGAAUAAGCAACAGAGGGAGCAGGAGCUCCUUGAGGACAUCAGGUCCUACAGCAAACAGAGAUCAGCUAUUGAGAGAGAGUAUGGACAGGCAUUGCAGAGGCUAGCAAGUCAGUUCCAGAAGAGAGAAUGGCAGCGUGGCUGGAGUGUCACCAAUGAUUCCAGAAGCAUCUUUGCAGCCUGGAAGAGCAUGAUGGAUGGCACCACCUCGCUGGGCCAGGCCAGGGUUGCCGCCUCAGAAACCUAUCGUACUGUGAGCAUGGAGGCAGUUAAAACAUCUCGGCUGUCAAAAGAGCAUUUGUUUAAAAAGGGCAUGGAACAGUUGCUGAAUAUACAAGCUGAGCUGCAGGAGACAGUGAAAGAAGUCAGCAAAACCAAAAAGCAUUACAUAAAUAUCCAACGGGCCAAUGAAGUAACCAAAGAAAAGGCUGCUGAUGUAGAUGCCAGGCUCAGGAAGAGUGAUCACGGCAUAUUUCAUACCAAAGCCAGCUUGCAGAAGCUCAGUGCCAAGUUCUCUGUGCAGAUGGCAGAGAAUUCACAACAGCUGGUGAUGGCACGAAAUGAGUACCUCUUGACUCUGGCAGCUGCUAGUGCCCAUCUGGGACAUUACUACCAUGUGGAACUGCCAACUGUUUUCAAGGUACUAGAUGGGGACCUUUAUGAACGACUCCGAGACCAGCUCACCUUGAUUAACAAGACAGAAUUAGAGGUCUGCCAAGGCACCCAAGAAUUCUUUCAGAUUCUUUUUGAUGAGUCUGCAAAGGUGUGCCAAGAGGAGAAUCUCCGCCUCUUCCUGCAGGAUAACAAUACUGCUUUCACAGAAAUGACCAUACCAUCUUUCCAGCCAGCAGGAGCUGACCGGGUGACAUCUCUUCUGCAUACAAACGGUGGUAAUGCUGGUGACAUUGGGCUGGAGAAGGAAGCACGCCGUUGGGCUGCUCGGGCAGCUAAAGAUUAUAAGAUUCAAACUGUCAGUGAAGGGAUUCUACAGAGAAUGGAAACCAGGAGGCAACAGGUCCCUGAGGCAGAGAUGACUGGAAUGGAAAAAAGGAUGGAGGAAGUAAGAGAGAACAUAAGAAAGGCAGUAAUCAGCAAAGUGAAGGCUGAGGCACGGUUAACGCUACUGCGGGAAGCAGGCCUAGAUGUAGACACCUGGCUGGCAAGUGCCAUGGGGCAAGUGCUGGAUGAAAUGGAGCAAGAGCGACGGCUUAGUGAAGCUCGCAGAUCUGAGCAGGGGUCAACGCCUACAGCAGAAGAGUUUGAUCUUGCUGAGUUUGAAGAUUACGAUGACAGCGCAGACCUGUUUGAGGACAUGAGGCCAAGCCCCAGCAUGGCUCGAGUCUAUCCUUCUUCCUGCAGAGUGUUCUUCCCUUACCAGGCUCGCCAGUCCGAUGAGUUGACCAUUGUCCAGGGUGAGGAGUUAGACAUCAUUGAAGAUGGUGACGUGGAGGAGUGGGUCAAGGCACGUAACAGUACAGGACAGAUUGGGUAUGUCCCUGAGAAAUACCUCCUCUUUCUGGAUUCAGUAAGCAGAGAACCAUCAACCCCAGAUGGGAAAAGUCAAGAGGGAUCCUCUGAUGUGGCCUUAGAGAGAGAACUGACAAACAUAAUGAGCAUGGACUUGAUGCUGGAGCCUGGAGCUUCAUUAGUUCGAGCACUCUAUGACUAUGAGGGUCAAAGUUCAGAAGAACUCAGCUUUCCUGAAGGAGCCAUAAUCCGGGUGCUGCCCCGGGAAGAGGGAGCUGUAGACGAUGGCUUCUGGAAAGGGGACUUUAAUGGGAGGGUUGGGGUCUUCCCAUCACUGGUGGUGCAAGAAAUAACUGGCAUUAAGGAGGCAACUGAGCAGGAACUGCUUUCACCAUCGCCUCCACCCUUUUCUCCUCCAGUCCUUGAUCAUGGCAUAACCUCUUCUUACAUUCAACUAGGAGAUAGCUGGCAAGGAAAUAUAUCCAGUGAGUCUAGUUCGUCUGACCUGAACGUACCACGCAUUCGCCCUGUUCGAGCUCCCCCACCUCCACCAUCUAAGGCUUCGGAAGCUGAUGCAGUGCCUGGCCUUGACUGAUCCUACAUCUCUCAGGAAACAACCUUCCUACAAAGGUUUACGUCCCUUGGAGAUUGGUGGUGAUCCUGAGCAAAGCUGUUUCUGCUUCAAUUUUUUGGGUGCUAGUAGCUGCUUUGGAGUCUACACCCACAUUCUCAAACGCCACUAAGUUGUGGGGAUGCUGGGAGGAACAUUGUCAUGGCAGUGAUGAGAUGCUCUACCUCAGAUCAAGAGAAUAUGCCUCUGUUCCAGUAGAGUUUGCAAAGGAAAUGGACACAUGGGUAUAUAUGUGCUUUCUUCUGUAUGCUGGGCUCUAGCCUAAAGAUGUUAGGUUCUGCCUGACACAGAUGUUCCUUAGAUCAUGACACAAGGCUAUGCAAGCAUCCCACCUCAAGCUACAGGGAGGCCCCUUCUAAACAGCUAUAUAAAAUCCACAUUGAACUGGAUUAUAUGGCAGUGUGGAGUCUGAUAUUUUAGUUCAACGCAGAUAUAGUGGAUUAUCUACCUUGAUAUUCUGGGUUGUAUGGCUGUGUGGAAGGGCCCGGUGAGGUGAGUAAUCAUCCAUCAUCAUCAUCAUCAUCAUCAUCAUCAUCAUCAUCAUCAUUAUCUGUGGGUCAAGACAAGAGCUGGUCUCUUUGCUUUAAAUGCUGCUAGUUAGCAUUUGUUUGCACUUUCAUCUCUCAACUAUUUUUGUCCUUCUAACAUGGCAAGACAUGAACUCCUAUUCCCUUGAGCUGCCUUGGGUUAUGUUACAGCCCUCUACAGUGAGCUGCUGCAUCUCUAGUAGGCAAGGGACAAUGGGUGAGUGUUGCCCCAAUAAAGAGACACAAUAUUGCACCUUU